AUGUGUCCCGUACUAUAUCAGAUGCUCGCGAACACAUUCGUGCGCUCAUCGCGCCGGAUACGUCCGUCUGCGCAAACGCUUCGUCUUCGAGGCGCGCGACAGGCGUCGACAUUAGCAGAGAACCCACACAUCUACGUACAUAAAGAUCCGUUCGAUCCGAGCAAAAGAUUGCUAUCACUGCUGCCCACCGAACCUCCCACACCACAACUUGCCAUAGGCUCCUGCACCGCGCUCCCUCCAACGCCGCAGAACUUCACCGAGAACCCGCAAUUCCUCCCUAUCCUCUCCUCCGUGUUCGCGACACAUGCUGUCGAAGAUCCUUACGUACAAUCCCAAGCCGCCGUCUACGCGUCGCCGGGCGGCUUCCACCUCUCACAACCGAAUGAUGGCGCAGGCGGCGCGAACCACCAAGGCGGAGCGGGAGGUGCAGGCCACGGAGGAUGGAUACAUAUCAGUGACUUGAGGAACCCACCAGAUUAUGGUCGCAUCGCGUGGCCGGAGGACAUUUUCGGCAGUGUAGAGGUCGACUCCAAUGGACAAGUCAGUGGAGGUGAUGGAGGCUGGCAGAACAGCGGGACGUACCGGGUUGUGACGAGGGAAGGAAUUCUCGGAUUGACCGACUUCAUGCGCGGAAAGAUGGUAGAGAAGCUACUAGAUUUAGAAAGGCAGAUCAAGCGGAACUCGUAA